UAAUAAACUACUAUUUAUCAUAUGCUUUCUCAUUUUUAAAAAUAUAUGAUGCAACAUGUCAAUUGGCUCACCUAUUAAAAUGAGACUUUGAAAUAAAACGCGCAAAAAUACCCCGUAAGCAUAAAACAGCUACGAAAAGAUUCUUGUCCUUAAAGUCAGGACCUAUUUCCAAUAACCAUUUCCUCUUUCAAUCCAUCAUGCCAUAUAAUUCCAUAUUUAUAUCCUGCCGUAAACUGAGCUCAAUGUCAAUCAAUCACUCACCCAAAAAAUUUAAUAAUUUUUGGGAUUUUUUGAAUAGUUGCAAAAUGGGUCUACAAAGUAAAACGAAUCACCUAUUAAGAUACCAUUACAAAUCAUUAAAACCUUCAAAAUUUGCUAAUCAUCGAUACUUUUCCACGAGUGCUAUCAUAUAUUCUUUUCAAGCUGGCACAACAAACAUGAACCCGGCUCCCGAUAUUCAAGAGAUCCCUAUUAACAAAGAUCUAAAUCCCUCUUCGUCUUCCUCUACUUCCCCCUUUCUCACAAAGUUGCCUUUCACCGAAAGAUCCCAGCUAAAGACCAAGGCUAGGAGGGUAGUAAUCAAGAUAGGAAGUGCUGUUAUAACUAGAGAUCUUGAAUGUGGGGUGGCUUUGGGGCAUCUAGCUUCCAUAGUAGAACAAGUGGCUGAAAUGUACAAGGAAGGUAGAGAGGUUCUAAUAGUCACCAGUGGAGCUGUAGCUUUCGGCAAGCAAAAACUCAAGCAAGAGAUCAAUUCAUUCAAAAAUAUAUACGACAUAUAUAAUAAAAACAACCAAAAUGGUGAUGGUGAUUAUAAUAAUAGCUCCCAUGACAAAUAUACCGAUACCAGCGUUGUUAAAAAAAAAGAAUCAACAUUACAUCAAAAUAAUCUGGGUACUACAAAUGAGGAUAACAAAAAUUUGGAUAACUAUUUAAAUAAAAAUGCAGACAGCAGUAAUGGUAAUCGUAUAUACAACAAUAUCGACUCUAGGGCUUUUGCUGCUCUUGGACAAAGUGGCCUUAUGGCUUUAUACGAUGCCAUGUUUGCGCAAUACGGUAUAAAAACAGCGCAGGUGCUUUUGACUCAACCGGACUUUAAUGACAAAUUUUGUCGUGACAAUUUGAGAUCCACUAUACAGCAACUUCUGGCCUUGAAGAUAUGUCCCAUAAUCAAUGCUAACGAUGCCAUUGCCCCACCUCCUAAAUUGAACAGCGACCUGAUUGGGAUUAUAAGUGUGAAAGACAACGAUGUAGUAGCUACCCAUUUAUCUGUGGACCUUAAAGCCGAUUUGCUAGUUAUAAUGUCGGAUGUGCCGGGCAUCUAUACGACGCCUCCUUCGUUAAACACGGGUUCAUAUUCCGACUUUCCCUCUCAUAAGAAAGGAGCCGAACUUAUGGACGUUUUCUGUCCAUCUUUGCACUGGGGAAAAGUGAAGCUGGGCCACAAAUCCAGGGUUGGUACAGGUGGGAUGGAAUCCAAAAUUAAUGCCGCUACUUAUGCUUUAAACAACGGUUGUUCCGUCAUAAUAUGCGACGGAACGCAACCCAAUUCUUUAAAUCAAAUCAUAAACGGCAAAAAUAUAGGAACAUUCUUUGUUAACACCUGUCCUUCUACCAUUAAAAACGAUAACAAUGUUUCUAAAAGUGUCAAUGAUAAACUUCCUUACUAUGUUGAAGAUUUGGCCGAUUCGGCAAGGAAGGGCAGCAGAAAAUUGACUGAACUCACAUCAACCCAAAGAGCUAAUAUUAUCGAUGAAAUUGCUAACUCCCUCAUAUCCCAACAAGGACACAUAAUACAAUGCAAUGAGAAAGAUCUAGAAAGGGCUAAAUUAAAUAAAUUAUCUCCUCAACUCCUAAAUAGGCUUAAAUUGACCACUGCAAAAUUGAAAGAUCUAGCAGAUGGCCUCAGAUUAAUAUCUAACAAACUUAGGAGUGAUCAAGAUAUUGUUAAUAGGGUUUUGGAGAGAACAUUGAUAGCUAAAAACCUGGAAUUACUCAAGCUAACAGUCCCCAUAGGAGUACUACUUAUCAUUUUCGAAUCAAGACCUGAUUCUUUACCGCAGAUAGGAGCUUUAUCCAUUGCCACUGCUAAUGGCCUUUUGCUCAAGGGUGGUAAGGAAGCCUCACACAGUAACGAAUGCUUGUAUAAUAUCAUCAAAUAUAUCCUGGAAAGAUAUGGUUGUCAAGAUGCUAUUUCACUGAUAAAUAAUAGGGAAGAUAUCGAUUCACUGUUGAAACUGAAGAAUAAAAUUGAUCUCGUUAUUCCUAGAGGAUCCAAACAGUUGGUUUCAACUAUUCAAGAAAAAUCAAAUGGUAUUCCAGUUUUAGGUCACAGUGAAGGCAUUUGUCACGUUUAUUUGGAUCGAGAUGCUGAUCUGCAAAUGAGCCUUAAAAUCGUUAGGGAUAGCAAAUGCGAAUAUCCUUCUGCUUGUAAUGCUAUGGAGACUCUUCUAUUGCACAAAGACCUGGGACGAAAUGGAACCUUUCAGCAGAUUUAUCAUAUGUUGAAUAACGAAAAUGUAAUUAUGCAUCCCGGCCCAAGACUUAUACAGAAUUUAAUAUUUAUUGACCAAAUUUCCUCAUUUUUCCCCCUUUCAACGGCGACGUCUUCUUCCAAUAAUGACCUUUUGUUCAAAGAAUACGGAGAUUUGCAAUGCAGUGUGGAAAUAGUUGAGGAUAUCGAUCACGCUAUAGACCACAUCAACCAAUACGGAAGCUCUCAUACGGAUUGUAUAGUGACGGAUAACGAUGAAUCUGCCCAAAAGUUUCUUAGCAAAGUGGAUAGUGCCUGUGUAUUUCACAACGCCAGCACAAGAUUCGCUGAUGGAUAUAGAUUCGGAUUAGGUGCUGAAGUAGGUAUUAGUACAUCACGCAUACACGCCAGAGGCCCCGUAGGGAUGGAUGGUCUCUUGACAACCAAAUGGAUCAUGAAAGGCAAUGGAAAUUGUGUCUCAGAUUUUACUGCCGGUUCGGACCAAAAAUACAUACACAAAAAAUUAUUUAAAACGUAUUAAACUAAGUAAUUUGUUUUAAAAUUAUAUUUUUAAUUUUUUUAAAUAUUUAUAAUGUUAAAAUUUAAUUUGUUAGUAGCAUACCAAUUUUUUUAGAAACUCUAAAUUUAACUGGCUUUACAUGUUUACUAAUUAAUAAUUUUAAAUACUUAUUUUUUCUUAUAUAUUUUAAAUAAAAAUUAUAAAAUUUACAAUGCAAAAAUAUACAAGGAACUUAAUUAUGUUGGAAUUUGUAGUUUAUAAUAUCAAAACUUUUUUGUCCUUACACAAUUUUUUUUGACGCAUUUUGAAAAGUAUCUAUUCUAUGGACCAUGGAAUUUAUUUAUAUUAUUAUGGAAUUUUUAUAACUUAUAUGUUUUCCUACCUUUUUCAAUUCAUUAAAUGAACUGAUGAAUUUUUUUUGCAAUAUAAUAGCUAGUUAGUUAUACCUUCUAAAAUCCUUUUAUAUGAAUUACCCCUUUAUAACAUAUCUUUCAUUAUUAAAUAUUUAAACAUAUGAAGAUAGACAAAUUAUAAAGGUAGUGAUAAUGUUUUUUCUCUUAACAUUAUGAUUUUUAUAUCUUUUUUGCCAAUCAAUAGCAAACCACGCCAAUGUU